AAAAUGGGAGACACAGUGCUAGAUUCUUCGGUGCAACCGAUGAGCCUUAAACGCCCCCUUAACGUGGUGCCUGAGGAUGUCGGAGGUGACACCAAACGGGGGAAACCAGAUGAUCCGGCAGCCAGCAACAUUGAGCAGACUCCAAACGGCGAUUACAAGCUCACCUUGAAAAUAAACAAGACCUUUUUCAGCGGACUAGUGGGCCCUAAUGGGGGCACACAGCGAUAUAUAGAAAAGAAGACCAAAACGGAGGUAACCAUUCCACAACCAAACGAUAAAUCCAACGACGUGGUGAUCAAGGGCCAGCAACGCGACCAGGUGUGCGCUGCCCUGCGAGAAGUUCGUAACCGAAUUGCCGCUCUUCGCAAGAAACUGAGACCCACGCACUUUCUAGCCGUGGCUCUGAACACGGGCCAGGUCCUGGAACGCUUCCUAGAGCUGAAGAAAACCAUUUUGGAGGCCCAGUUUCCCAGCAUUAGCAAGGAGCUGUUCAUCCAGGAGCGCACCAUACACCUCACGCUGGGCAUCUAUGCCCUUAUCGACGACGACGAGCUCCAGAGGGCUGUCCAGGAGCUGGAGACCUGUCGCUCCUUUUUGCCAGACCCAAAAAGUCCGAUUGACAUUAAAGUCAAGGGCCUGGAGAUCAUGCACGAAUUUCCUAGCUCCACGCGCAUUCUCUACGCCAAAAUCGAAUCUCCGGAGCUGCAGAAGUUCGCGGACCAGUGCCUGGCCCACUUUCAGACCACCGGAUUGUGCGCCAAGGACAAUAUCGACAAUGAAUCCGUUAAGCUGCACAUGACAGUGAUGAACAAUCGGUAUCGCAAGGAGGUGAUAAAGAAGUGUGCCAAAAGCUUCGAUUCCACCCGGAUUCUGCAGCGCUUUGGCGACUUUGACUUUGGCUCAGUCCAAUGCCAGGUCGUGCACUUGUGUGCCAUGCAGCGCGAGAAUGAUUUCUACAAGAUUGCCGGCAGCCUGAAGUUUGGGAGGGAAGAAUCAGAGAUUUCAGGUGAACCAAAGGCUUCGGAGGAAUCAAAGAUAUCAGAGGAUUCAAAGGCUUCAGGAGGAUUAAAGACUUCAGAAGAAUUGCAGUCUUCAGAGGAAUCAAAGACUUCAGAAAAAUCUAAUACCUUAAAAGAAUCAAAAACCUCAAAGGAAUCCAAGACUUCAGAGAAAUCAAAAAAUUCAGAUAUGAUGACUUUUGAAGAAUUCAAAAAACUUCAGAAGAAGAAGAAAGACUCCUGAAAAAUUGAAGACUUCAGAAGAAUCCUCUGCAUACUUUAAUUUCAUUACUUUUUAAAAUGCCGACUCGCUUUGUAAAUAAGACCUUUACAUGAAAAGAGAAUAAAAAUAACUUAUGCUUAUAAAAUAAUAAA